GAAGAAUUGGUUCACUUCUGUUUUGUGCAUGCGUGCAACUCCGACAGCAGCAGCGGUAUUGAAUUGCAUAAGAAAUGAAGACUAUUGAUGACCAAUUGGAGCCGUUUGUUCCUUUUUUGUUGGGCACUGGGCAUUGCGAGAUCUGCUCCUACGUCACAGUUUGCUCAGAAAAACAAAAAUGAUUCACUUAAUCUCACAAGAACCACACGGAAGAGUGUGCAGCACCUCCUGGAGAAAUAUAAGCUGCAGAUGGGGAACAUCCAUCUAGAGGACCAUAGCUACCACUUGAGGGAUCUGCCGUUGCUUUCCACAGAUUUCAACAACUGGUUUCAGAUGACGGACUGGACUCGGCUGCACGGAGCUUUAGGGGACAUCCAGACCUACUGGAGCAUGCUGGGGUGGAAAAGAAAACAGCUGGAGCAGGAGCGUGACGUGCAGACGGACCCCAGUUUGCUUGAGAGCAUCAGGCACGUUCAGCAUGACUUAUGCGACCUGAUGAAGAAAGUCAACAGUGAGAUGAGAGGCAUUAAAAGGUCUUGGGUCAAACCAGCACCUUGUGUAGAACUACAGAACCUUGGGAGGAGCUCCAGAACAUUGUGGGAAAGCAGAGUGGAAGGUUACAUCAUUCUCAGAGAUUUACACCUUUACCUCACAAAACUAGCAAGAGACUUCCUUCUACUGGCCUCCAAAUCACACUCAUGACCCCAUACAAAAGACGGUGAACAAAGUCUGAACAAUUACACAGCAGCUCUGGGAUUAACUGUGUAGGACUGCAGUCUGAGCACUGGAUUACUUUUUGUUGUGAUAACUGCUGCUGUACAUCUCAGGUUUUUUUUGGGUAUUUCCCAAAGUUUCUAUCUGACCUCUAAUUGUAAUUUUGACACAUGCUCCCAGAAGACAUCCUGUUUUUCCACCACAGACUCGAACUGGAGGACUUUCCAAACAACUAUUUGCUAUUUAUUAUUAUAUUUAUUAAGUUAUUUAUUUUAAAUGGUGUAUUUGAGAUGUGUAUGAGUAGAGAAAUAAUGUAUUACAGAAGGCAUGUUGUAUAUAAUAGAAAAUAUUGUUUAUCAAUGUUAAUAAAUUCA